AUCCAACUAAAAUGACGUAAAUAGCUUAACAGGUCAAAUAAAAUUAUUGAAUCGUUAAUAGUCUUACUUAGUAGGCUAUCUGUGUUCCUUUACGUGUUUUUUUUUUUUUGCCACAGUCGCUACACUUUGACAUCGCAACAAUGUAACGUCCAAUAUUCUAACACUGCAACAUUUGUUUCAAUUCUCUGUGAGCUCAUUAUUAUGGCUGAUCUACGGUCCUUGCAGGCUAUAAAUAUAUUUGAUUUUGGCAAGAGCUUCCCUUUAUCUGACAACUUAUUAAUAUGGGUCUAGUGGAUGUAGCCGGUCUCUGAUUAACACCUAAUGUUAACAACACUUCUACAAAUCAAUUUCCAUGUUUAUUUAACAGCAAUACAGUAAGGGUCGGCUAUUUACUCUUCAAGGACCUUGACGCAUCGUUUCUAUUCAGCCAUUGAACUGGGAAGAGUAGGGUCCAUACUGUUGUGGUUUUAGUGCGACUUAUAGCCUACGUGAUUUGUAUAGGUAAAAUGUUGAUAUUGAACUUAUAUUAGGAAUCGUUCUACGGUGUAAGGUGAAACUAUUCGGUCGACUGGUGUUGUCGGUAAAGAACAGGGGUAUAAUGUCUGGAGCGGCCGGUGGAGGAGGAGGCUCCUCCUGUCAGGGCGCUGCAGCGGCAGCCAGUUGCAGCUCCGCCGGCUCUCCCUACGCUGCUGCAGCCGGAGGAAGUGCAGGGGUGGCCGGGCGAUUGCCAGCUCGUGUCCUGGAGCAUGUUUUCUCCUAUUUGGAGAUGUCCGACUUGAUGCGUUGCGCAUUGGUCUGCUGGCAUUGGAACAAUAUCCUGGCGGAUGAAAACAGCGAGGUGUGGCGCAGCCUCUGCAACCGGUCUUUGAGCGAAGAAGCUUUGCGUUCUGACAUCCUGUGCAACCUGCCUACCUACAGGGGGAAACUCAAGGCCUUUCAACAUGCUCUGAGCUCCCAUGACUGCUCCCGCAAUGUUUACGUGAAAAAGAACGGCUUCACCCUGCACCGCAACCCUAUUGCCCAGAGCACGGAUGGCGCACGUGGCAAGAUUGGCUUUUCGGAAGGGAGGCACGCCUGGGAGAUCUGGUGGGAAGGCCCUCUUGGCACCGUGGCAGUGAUAGGCCUUGCCACGAAGCGGGCCGCCAUGCAGUGCCAGGGCUACGUGGCCCUGCUGGGCAGUGAUGACCAGAGCUGGGGCUGGAACCUGGUUGACAACAACCUGCUUCAUAAUGGGGAGGUCAAUGGAAAUUUCCCCCAAUGUAACAAUGCACCAAAAUAUCAGAUCGGGGAGAGAAUAAGAGUGAUUCUAGACAUGGAUGACAAGACGUUAGCCUUCGAGAGGGGUUUUGAGUUUCUUGGAAUAGCGUUUCGUGGACUGCCCAAAGCCUGCCUGUUCCCAGCUGUCUCUGCAGUAUACGGCAACACUGAAGUCACCAUGGUGUACCUGGGAAAACCUCUAGACGGCUAGAAGCAGAGGAACCUGUGCCACCAUUAAAACUAACAGGCCACUGGCGAGUGCAGGACUUUUUCGGUCAACAGACUGCCAACUCUGUUUGUGUUGCACCGUUUCAACAGGUUUUGGAGUCCAAGGUAUCAUGUUCCUUCCCAGGCAAAAUAACUAUUCACAUAACACAAAAAGAACUGUUGGCAUUUCUACGACAGCUCGACAUAAGGAGUCAGUUUUGGACUGGACAAACAGGGGAAAGGAAUGUGUGGAAACUGUCAUAAACAUUUUUCUGUGUCAACGUGGAAGUGUCCACUAUUACAGUUAAGCUGCUGGACUUUUUUUAUUUACAGGAUAGGGGAACAUUAUUUAAUUUUGUGCGAUUCAUGCUAACAGUGCUGCACAUUUACUUGAGAUUUUAUGUCUGCUUAAAUGAGGCCAAACCUGUUCUUAACUGUGGCAAAUACUAUAAGACAUAAUUUUAACAAGUGAAACAGUAGUUGUUAGCAAUAGCUAUCUGUUGUAUGAGUUUAUGGAAACAGCUCAUCGUGGGUUAACUCUAAUCUGACUGCAUAAUAAUAGUUAUAUGCCAAAUCAAUGCGACCUGAUAUUAUAUUUUGCUAUAGGCAAACAGAGGACAUGCGGACCAACUGUCUUGCAUGAGCAUGGAUACUGGCGUGUGGACCCUUACAUCUGACUUUUUAGUAUACCAAGGCUAUCAAGUAACAGUGUCAAACUAUAUUUGUAUCAUGUUAUUGUGUGUCCUUUUUAAAUGUGCUACAGUAGUAUUACACACUAUUUAUUUCUUGGUUUUAUCUAUGGUACUAUAGAUGCUGUAUGGUAAUAAGGCCUGAAAAUAAAGUUGACAUAGUGCCACUCUUAGAAUAAAGAUGGUUUGAUGUUUGA